GGGUGUCCUCGGCAAUGGCGAAGAAGAAAUAUCAAUCGGGACUUGCUUGUUUUUACUGGCGACACCCCAACAAAGCAACGGAUUAGGGCGGAUCCCCACCCCCUCUCUCUCUCUCUCUCCUCAUCUGUGGCCUCGUCUUUCUCUCAUCAUUUCUGCGCUUUUCUCUCUCUCUCUCUCUCUCUCUCUCUAAUACUCGUCGGUGGCCGCGUAAUUUUAGAAUCGGGUCUGGUUUUCUGGUCCCUAUAUUUGCUCCUCCUCCUCCGUUUUUCUUUUUUUUUUCUUUUAAUUUUCCCUUUUGGUGGUUUGCGUUCUGCAAAGGCAGGGGCUGGGCGAUCUGUUUCUCUCUCUAGCAUUUCGGAGGCUCGCCGGAGAGCGGCGUCGCUCGCCGGAGGCUCCAUGAAUUCUGCCUGGACCGUCUGAAUCGUCCGGCGAGGGGAGGGAGGGAGGCCGAGACGCUCAGAUACAUGCAGGGAAAUUAUGAUGAAUUAAAAAAAUGGGGGAACACAUGUGGUUAACGUGCAAUGUGGGAAAAAAUUACAGGAGAGACAAGGCAUCGUCGUUUUGGAGGUUCUUGCACGCCACAGAUGCCUAGAUCUCUUCUUUUUCAAUUCCAAUUUCCUGCUUUACUUGCCUUUUCCUCUAUAAUCCAUUCUGAUUUCUCUCUCUCUCUCUCUCGCCCUUUGCCCUCCUUGCCUUUUCCUUGUAUAAAUUCUUCUCCAUGUCUUUUUGUCUUUAAGUUCUGAGUCUACCAGAGAUGGCGUUCGUGAUCGUAAUUUGAAUCCAAAGGAUUUCUGCCCCAAAGCUGGAAACUUUUCAAUUUCAAUACAAUUGAUGAACAGUCUACCACGUUUGUGUUUUUGUUUUUGAUUCUGGCUGCACAAUGCCAUCCAAAAAAAUGCACCCAACUGGCUUGUCAUCAUCAUCUUUCUUCUCCAACGAAGUAGGUGUUCCUAAUGAGAGACAGAUUGGGUUUUGGAGGUCAGAAACAAUGCACGAUCAAUUUGGUAUAAAGAUGGAUGCAGUAUUGGGAACUGCAGGUAGAAAUUCAGCUGCUUCGUCACCUUUUUCCGAGAAACCAAUUUCAUUUGAAUCUCAAAUGGUGAAGGACCAGAAAGUUAGCUUCAGAAACAAUGUGGUGGGGGCCCAGAGAGCAGCCAGUCACGGCAGCUUUCAAAAGCCUGUUGGCCAUGAUCUGGGAAUGAGAUCUAAUUUAAGUACAGAGCCAGAAUCUUGUUUCAUGACACGUGACCAACAUGUUAUGGGCACUCAGUAUGAGAAUGGUCUCUUCUCAAGCUCACUUUCAGAAUUAUUUAGCAGAAAGUUGAGAUUAACAUCAAAUCAGGCUCUGUAUGGGCAUUCUGUUGGUGCUUCUGCUGCCCAGUAUGAGGAAGAAGAACCUUGCGAAUCACUUGAGGAAAUUGAGGCACAAACUAUUGGGAAUCUCCUCCCUGAUGAUGAUGACUUGCUUUCUGGGGUGACUGACGGGCUUGACUAUGUGGGCCAACCCAAUGCUGGAGAAGAUAUUGAAGAGUUGGACCUUUUCAGCAAUGUUGGAGGGAUGGACUUAGGAGAAGACAGCUUCCCUCGUGGACAGAGAGAUUCUGAAUUUUCUGGAGCAAAUCCUCAGCUGGGGGAAUCAGUUGGUUCAUUUGCUGCAGAACAUCCUUCUCGAACACUUUUUGUUCGAAAUAUAAAUAGCAAUGUUGAAGAUUCUGAGUUACAGGCUCUCUUUGAGCAAUAUGGCAAUAUCCGUACACUUUAUACAGCAUGCAAGCAUAGGGGCUUUGUAAUGAUAUCAUAUUAUGACAUUAGAGCAGCCAGAAGUGCUAUGAGAGAGCUUCAGAACAAACCAUUGAGACGUAGGAAGCUUGACAUACAUUUCUCAAUUCCGAAGGACAACCCUUCAGAGAAAGAUAUUAACCAAGGGACUCUUGUGAUUUUUAACCUUGAUUCUUCGGUUUCAAAUGAGGAACUCCAUCAAAUUUUUGGCAUCUAUGGUGAAAUUAAGGAGAUCAGCGAGAAUCCACGCAGAAAUCAUCACAAAUUUAUAGAAUUUUAUGAUAUUAGGGCUGCGGAGAAUGCUCGUUGUGCAUUGAACAGGAGUGAUAUUGCUGGGAAGCGGAUUAAGCUCGAACCAAGCUGUCCUGGGGGUGCUAGACAGUGGUUGUUACCACUCUUUCCUCCAGAAACUGAACAAGAUGAGUCUGGUGCAUAUCUUCAGCAAAGUAUCUCACCCAGUAACUCAAUGACAGGAUUUUCUGGGCCACUUUUACAUGGAGGAAUCGCAUCUUCUGGAAUGGAUAAUGGAAUUGUCCCAGGAGUACAUUCUACGACUCGAGCCCUUGUUAGUUCAGCCCUGGAAAAUAUGUCCAGACAUGGAAUUUCAUCUAGUGUUCCUAAUGGGUUCUCUUCCCUGGUGAGAGUUGAAUCACUUGGCAACCAAUGCAGUCUCCCUGACUCUGGCCAAUCACAGGGCCAGCUAAAAGUUGAUUUCCAGGGAAUUCCUACUUAUCCUCAUUCACUUCCAGAAUAUCAUGAUGGUUUAACUAACGGUGUUAACUCCAAUUCUUCGGGCAUGACUGCAAAUAUUAAAGCAAGGCCAUCUGAAAGAAUUGAGAACUGGCAGUUCUGUAGACUAAGCCCAAAUGGCAGGCAUCCAUUUGAACUGAAUGAUGCUGUUUUUGGUUCUCCUGGAAAUGGGAGCUGUCCACCUGCUGGACAUCAUUAUAUGUGGAAUAGUUCACCUCGUCCUCAGCCUCAAGGCUUGAUGUGGCCAAAUUCUCCAACAUUUGUAAAUGGCGUUCAUCCCCCUCCCAGGUUGCAUGCACUUCCCAGAGCACCAUCUCAUAUGCUGAACAAUCUUUUACCCAUAAAUAAUCACCACGUAGGAUCAGCACCAUCUGUUAAUCCUUCUCUCUGGGACAGACGACAUACCUAUGCUGGGGAAUCCCCUGAUGCUUCUGGCUUUCAUCCGGGUUCUCUUGGGAAUGUGAGAAUUUCUGGUAACUCACCCCAUCAUUUGGAAUUUAUUUCCCCAAACAUCUUUCCACAUGUCAGUGGAAACUGCAUGGAACUGUCUAUUCCCUCCAACAGUGUUGGAUUGCACUCCCCCCAUCAGAGGUGCCUGAUGUUUCCUGGCCGAGGCCAAAUGAUUCCCAUGAUGAGCUCAUUUGAUUCUCCAAAUGAACGGGCUAGAAGCCGUAGAAAUGAAGGUGGUUCUAACCAGGUUGACAACAAGAAGCAAUUUGAACUUGACAUUGAGCGCAUAAUGCGAGGGGAAGACAACCGGACUACGCUUAUGAUAAAGAACAUUCCUAACAAAUAUACUUCAAAGAUGCUGUUAGCUGCAAUUGACGAACGCCAUCGGGGAACUUAUGACUUCAUUUAUCUACCCAUUGAUUUUAAGAAUAAAUGCAAUGUUGGUUAUGCAUUCAUCAAUAUGACUGAUCCUUCCUUGAUUAUCCCAUUCUACCAGGCAUUUAAUGGAAAGAAAUGGGAGAAGUUUAACAGCGAAAAGGUUGCAUCACUUGCUUAUGCUCGCAUACAGGGAAAAGCUGCACUAAUUGCCCAUUUCCAGAACUCUAGCUUGAUGAAUGAGGAUAAACGAUGCCGUCCUAUCCUCUUCAACACCGAUGGACCCAAUGCAGGUGAUCAGGUGCCCUUUCCUAUGGGUGUCAAUGUCCGAUCUAGACCCAGCAAAACUCGAGCUAUCGCCAGUGAGGAUAACCAUCAAGAAAGCUCAGCAAAUGGGGAGGAAUCUGACCCCAGCGAUUUGUCUUUAAGGCCUACUAAAGAUUCAGACUGUGAGCAAGCAGUUUUCCUUUUUGAUGGCACUAACCUUAUAUAGGAAUAUAUUUAGUUGUAACCACUCCAAAUUUUCAGAACAUCUUAGGAGUGGUUAAUUGAGAGCAGAUGAAGCGUUUCCGCAAGCAAGCAAGCAAGCAAGCAUCCUGAAAUCUAGAGAACAGGUGCUAUGAUCAAAGCUAAACGAGUACAUUGUUUUUUUCCGUUUAAAAAUGCGAAAACAAUUACACGUGAAGGAGCGACUCUUGGAGCGUUCGAAGUUUUGGAAUAUGUGGAUACAUGGGGGGGUUUGAAGGACCAACACUAAACCUGCUACCCUUUCUAUAUUUUCUGGCAAUUUGAUUUUCUCCUUUGUUGUUGUUGUUGUUGUUGUUCAUGUUGUUGUUGUUAAGAAAUGGAGACGAGAAACAUGGAUCGGUGACCAGAAGUUUUUUGGAAGUGAAAAGCUGUUGCUGAUGAUGAUGAUGAUGAUGAUGGUAUAUACAAAGGGCGAUUGGCGUUUGAAGAGGAGGGACUAGGUAGGGAGGGAGGGAGCGAGGGUGCAUUGUGUCUUUGCAAAAAGUGGUUGCUUAAUUGCCCUCCCAUCGCCUUCUCUUCCAAACGCAGAUGCUCUGUUUUUGGAUUUUGUAUGUAACUAGUUAUCUCUAUUGUUUUGAUCUCAUAAUCUAAUUCUGCCUGCUUUAUCUAUUUACAAUUGUCUUCUUCUUCUUCUUCUUCUUCUUCUGGAUAAUGGAUGCUUUUUACACAAGUUUAUAUAUAAACUGUACUACUUUGUUCA